AUGUCUGGAAGUGAAGAUGUCCUGUUCAACGUCUGGACCUGUGACAAGGCUGGAAAGACAAAUAUCACCAACCGUAUCUCCGUCAAAGCACCCGUCGACAUAGAUAAUACUGCGACAUUGGAGACGAUUCGAGCUCUCCUUAUCAAGGAUAAUAAGCUUGACUCCAAAAAAGCCAGGUUACCGUUCUGCACCAAGGAUGGUGCCCGCAUAGGAGAUGAUGCUAAAUGGACCCUUUAUAAGGACCUGGUCGCGGAGCAGCCUAAAGCCGACACAGAAGAAGGUGCUGGUGGCAAUGAAAAGAGUCCGGCUCAAGGUCCCACUGGUCAUGACGUAUACUUCGAGUUAUCUGAAGAGGAAACCAAGCGGUCCAAAUAUGUUGAUCUCAGCGACACCGUCAAAAAGUUCCUGGAAACUCCGUUGGACAUGAACUUCAAAAAAGACAAAGUGGACUUGCUCACCGCGAACAUCAGGGACUUUAACUUGGGUGGUUAUGAUCAUUCAGAGUUCAAGUCGAAGGCUACAGCCGAUGCAAUCUCGGCGGGUUCCCUGUCGGACGAAGAUUGGGACAUGGUCUGCCGAACCACUCACUUCUUGAAUGGUCAGCGACUGGUUUUUUCCAAGAAUAACCAUAACGUUACAAGGACUUUCCAAAGGAUGGAUAAAGCGCCAUAUUCCUGCUUUUCUAUUAAACCGAGAGACCUCAGUGAGUUGGGAACAGCUGGUCCCAACAUCAAGCUUCCUAAGAAUGCGGCCAUACACAAGUAUCCUCUGUACAUUGUCACAGAUGAUUCCUAUGUCAACGUGUUUGAAACCGCCAAUGCGCUCUCUACCAGUCUUGCAUCCAGUAACUUUUCACAGACUGAUAUUGAAGCUUCAAUCGGAGGAAACCUGUUUGGGAUAAGUGCUGGCGCUCAGGCUGGGUACAGUGAGAACCACAAUGAUGCCGUCGCUAGCGCCACCGAAAGGAAACAUCGGACCAUGAACAUCACAUACAACUUUCCGAGAGUGGUACUACAUUUGGACAACAGGAGUUUAGAGUUGACUCCUAACUGCAAGAAAGCCUUGGCACAUGUUGAAAAACAGAAGACUGAGGAAUCUUUGAUAGAAUUCUACCAGAGUUUUGGUCACUUCUUUGCCACCAAUGUGGAACUGGGUGGGAAGUUGUUUGCUACAGAGCAAUUCACCUCAAAAGAUACGGCAAGCACAUCCGAGAAGGCAAAUGCGAUGAAAGCCAGCGCCGCUCUAUCCUUUUCCUCUUCCUGGGUCCAGGGCUCCUUUAGUUACAGCAAGGAAACCCAGCACGCGGAAAGUUCAAGCACGCAGACCAGCAACAUGAGCAAGGCACUUUCCUGGGAAGCCGUGGGCGGUGAUACGACACUUUGCAACAACCCCCCAGCAUGGUGUUCCACAGUCAAGCCCUUCAGGAACUGGAGAGUCAUUAACCAAAAGGACGUCAUGCCAAUUGGAGAAUUCAUCGGGACAUUCGAGACAUAUGGCCAUAUCCCCGGUCUUUUUGAGCAAAUUAUGAAUGAUUCCAACAAGAUAGUCAUUUCCCGGUUCCGGCUGCGUGCCGAUGAGGGCGCGGAUGGAAAGAUAGAUGGAACGCAAUAUUACGGCCUGCGCUGCAAUCCCGCCUACGAGAAGAACAUUGGUUUAUUCGAGGCGCUAAAACGCCGUUUACUCAACAGCCGCGAAACGCUUUACAACCACACGGCGGAACACAUUGUGGCCGAGAUCAACAAGGCCGAAAAGAAAUUUGAGUCGGCAGGAUAUACAGUCAACUGGCAUGAGUACAUCGGAAUUGACCUGGAAAAUGAGCGCUCGAAACCAGGUGGCUGUGAUUUUGAGGUCAGGGUUUCGACCCAACUACAUCAGCCGGCAUGGCUACAAUACGAUAGGCCAUAUCCGCUAUACAACAGGGCCUUCAACGCUUAUGUGGCAGCAGACACGACUACCCAUAUUGCCGGCACGGACCUCGGGCUCUUAUACUUUACUACAAUGCGCGAACAUAUCGCGUAUUUCAAGUUCUUGAAAGCCAGAGAUCAACAUGCCACGGGGAGAAUUGGCGACGGAGAUCAUGUGGAACUUCACUUGUGCGACAAGCACUACAGACGCAUUGGACAGGUGAAGCGGUUUAGCGGGGACUGGGCAACCCUGGCCAUCGAGCUAUAUACAUCCAUCAUGCCGGAUCUCUUGGUGUCCAACAAUGCCUACAUGGAUUAUUAUAGCAACUAG